CUUUUCAUUUUCCGAUACAGUUAGUAUUGUGCUUUAAAGGCAUAAUCUUUUUCCUUACAGAUUCACAAUCAUCAGGGUUUUGAUUCGGUUUUCUGUUAAUUUCAUUGUUUAUUAUGACAUUAUUGUAAUGUUAUUAUAGAUGAAUUAAAAUGGUUGGCGGUGGUAGAAAGAAGGUGAACAAGUGUUACCCGGAAAAGGAUAGUUCGAUUAUUGACGAUACACAGCCAGUGGACACUCAAAUUUCACCCCAGUCCUUACCAGGUGAGGAUCAUGAGUUGUACAAUGACCAAAAUAUGGCUCCUGCUGAUGACCACCCUUUCUUCAAUGAUGCCUUUGAGACCCAAUUAGUAAAUCUCUGCGGUGAAAACCAGAUUUUGGAAAUUGGUGGUGAAACACAAGUGGUGGAUUUCGGCGAUGAAACACAAGUUGUGGAUUUCGGUGGUGAAACACAAGUUGUGGAUUUUGGUAGUGAAACUCAACAGGUGGAUUUAGGUGUUGAAACCCAAUUGGUUGAAGAUCAUGAUGGUCUGCAAAAUAAACACAUCCAGACUUUUGGAAAUUGCAAUAUUGAAGUUGCCGUAGAUAGUGAUAGUGAAGGAAGUGAUAGAACUGAGGUCUUGUGUGAUACUCAAGAGUUAUCAGAUGAUGAUUCAAUGGAAAACAGCUACAGCUCAAUUGACCAGGUGAAGUUGCCUAAAAGCAGCAACUCCAACACAAGUGAUAGGAGUUCACUUGCACAAUCAGAUGUUCAGAGCAAUGAUAAGCAUCACUCAGGAUCUUUGCAAAGAGGGUUUACUUCAAUCCGUGCUGCAUCUAUCAGGGCUUCCGGUUUGGCUGCUUAUGACAUGAGCCGUAAAGGGACAAAAGGAAGUACAUGGUCUAUUAAGAGUGACAAUCCUCUGGAGCAGGAAGGUGCAGGCCAUAAUGGUACAUCCGUGGUUGGACCUCAAUCUGAAGUCAGGAAGGAGCUUAACCUGAAUGCUUGUGAGGAGUAUGAUGAACAUUUGAAAGAAGUAGGUAAUGAAAACCGGUGUAAGGUUGGUAGUUCAGCUGCGAGGAAACUUUUCAGAGAUGAGAUACUUAUUGAAACUAAAGGGCCAGAAGAUGGAAAGUAUGAUUUUCAGAAGGCAGUGGACUUGCCUCAGUUGGCAUCUGAAAAUGUAUUGGCAGGUUUAAGUUAUCUAGAUUCUCAAGAACCUGGAGAGGACACUCAGGCCAAUGCACUAGAAGCUGUUGACAAGUUUCUUAACCUUAAUCCUUUUGAUUUUGAUCAACAUAUUGACUUUGGGAAGUCCUCCAUUGGAAAAUCAAAAUGUGUCUCUGCUGCAAACGGGACAAAACACUUAGCUCGGAGAGCAGCUGGAAUAGCUGAUGCAGAAGGUGGGAUUUUUGAUUGGGAUGACAAUCGUGAAGAUGAAGGAGGUGGAGAGUUUUUCCAGAAGAAAAAGGAACUUCUUUUUGGCAGGAUACCUGCUACUGAACCUCUGAAGCAUGGUUCACUUGACCCCUUAAGACGGGGAGCUAAAAGUUGUGGAGAAAAGGAAAAGCACCCUUUGAACAACAAAAAGUUUAAGGGUUCCCCCUGUUCUGAUUCAAGGUUGAUGUCAAGUAAAGGGAGAGUGAAAAGUGAGCUAUCAAAGUCCAGAACUAGAAAGAACUUUGUUGAGGAGCUGGAUGAACAAUUCACCGUGGGGGCUGGUGAUGGAAUGGUUGCUGAUGGUAACGGAGACAAUGUUCCAGACUUGCUAAAUGUUGGUUUAGAUACUCAAAUGGCUGCUGAAGCUAUGGAAAUAUUAUGCUUUGGAGUUCCUGUGCUGGAAAAUGGUUGUAGAAAUGAGAACAAAGGUGAUAAGACAUUGAGAAACAGUUCCUGCAAAGGUCGAGUUGAUGAUGAGAGUCUGUUAAAGCAGAGGUCCUCCAACAAAAAGACGCGAUCUUCUGACACUCGACCUGCUACACGGUUGUCAGUGCAGAAGGAUGCCAAAUUAGUUGAAGAGCACUGUAGAGAAACAGUGAAGCAACAGAAAAGUAGCAAGAAGCAAGGCAAUGAAGAACAAGGAGCCGGAUUGAGAAUGAUCAAGGCAAAUAUGACGAAAUCCCAUGCUUCAAGGGGAAAAGAAGAGGAGUUGGGACAAGAAGAAAGACCACCAAAAGAAAGCAGAGGUUCCACGUCUGCCAAGAAUUGUCAUUUGCAACAGCAGCAUGGCUCAUUUACACCUGUAGCUCAUCGAACUAGGCACAAUCUGGCAGAAAGUCAACCAAAAAGUAGUCUGUCUGCUGCUGCCACUUUUAAUAGAAAUGGGACUGAUAGUGAUGCUUGUGAGACUUUGAUGAAUCAUGGUAAUUUCGCCGCCAAUCAAACUGCCAAUCUCCGAAAUAUGAAAUCAUCAUGGGGUGAACUUUGUGCUGUUGACCAUCCCAAACGAAAAAGAAGUCAUCGAAAGAUGCCUACCAUGGGGCAAGAGGCCACUACUCAAUCUUGUAGAAGGUCAAAAAGAUUAAGAGGUGACCAGACAAGUACUUUAAUUGAUGUCAGCACAAAAAAGAGAAAGUGUUCACCUGAAUGCACUUCCCCUGGUAUUGCAUCCUCAAGAAGAGGGUCUCGGAAGAAGCCAUUAAAUGAAGGCAUAGAUAAAGGACAUCCGGAGGGUACCAACAUUAAUGAUGCUUUUGCUGAUGGAAAUACAAAAGCACUUCUAAAUAAGUCACCAGAAGAUUUUAAUAGGAAAGCUGAUGUAGAGACAACACAAUUUGUUGAUGAAGCACAUGGAGCAGAAUCUUCAACAGGAGACCAGUGUAAAGCGCCAGCUUCAGCAUGCACCACUCCUACCAAUUCGAGAAUCCUGAAGAAUUCUGUGUCACCUAUAUGUAUGGGUGAUGAGUAUCAAAAGCAAUCGUGCAGGAAGAAUAUGUCAAGGUCCGCUCUUUUGAGAGAAAUUAUUUCCUUACGUACUACUGGAACGCCAGCUGACUCCACCUUAAAAGAUUCCAGGAAGAGGCGAGAAAUGACUAAUGUUCGAGUCUUGUUCAGUCAGCACCUUGAUGCAGAUAUAAUCAAACAGCAAAAAAAGAUCUUAGCUCGGUUAGGGGCCUCAAGUGCGUCAUCUAUGUCCGAUGCCACUCAUUUUGUGGCUGAUGAAUUUGUUCGCACUAGAAACAUGCUAGAAGCUAUUGCUGUUGGGAAACCUGUGGUGACACAUCUAUGGCUUGAGAGUUGUGGACAAGCAAACUGUCUUAUUGAUGAGAAAAGUUAUAUACUGAGAGAUGCAAGAAAAGAGAAAGAGUUCGGCUUCAGCAUGCCAAUUUCAUUAGCACGAGCAUGCCAACAUCCCAUUUUACAGGGAUAUAAAGUUUUUAUCACUCCGAAUACAAAGCCCGGUAAAGAAAUAUUGGCAAGUUUGGUGAAGGCAGUUCAUGGUUUGGCAGUUGAGCGACUUUGUAGAUCUGCUAUGAAAGAGGAAAUUAUUCCUGAUAAUUUUCUAGUUUUAUCGUGUGAAGAAGACUAUGAAGUUUGCAUCCUCUUUCUUGAGAAAGGAGCGACAGUGUAUAGUUCGGAACUCCUGCUGAAUGGCAUAGUCACUCAGAGACUAGAAUUUGACAGGUAUCGUCUCUUCACGGAUCAUGUUAAGAGAACUCGUUCAACAGUAUGGGUGAAGAAAAAUAACAAUCAAUACCUUGCUGUUGCAAAAUGCAAAUGAGGUUUAGUUGCCUCUUAAAGAGUGUUGUAGCCUACUUAUUUGUUUUAGGGGCAUGUGUAUUAUAAGUGUAGGUAUCUGUAAAUAUAGUUUGUUUUUAGUGUAUAGUAAUCAAGUCUUCUCUAGGAAUUCCCCCCCCCCCCCCCCGGUUCUGUUGGAUCUUGAACUGUUUUCAGAACCAGACUAAUAAUGAAACAUCAGAGGCUGACAAUUUGGUUCAAAUGCCAUUGGAUAACUGGUUUGUUG